AUGGUAUUAGUACAUGUCAAGAUAUUCACAUGGGUGCCCUUCCUCGGUCACACUCUCAGCACGGUGAGUUAUCGCUCACGCCUUUUCAAUCUCCCCCGCCGUGCUGUGGAAUUCUGCCUUUCAGGGAGACAAACCCGGACUCUUGCAAGACAAGUGGAAUCUCGCCUACUUGCAUUCCCAGCUGGACCCGGCAUCAGGCCCAUAGAUCUAUCAGUUAAUCUGUUAACGGGACGAGGUGCUGAGUGA